AUGGCAGCCACGCGAGCCUUCCACACCUCGCUGGAGGACACAAACAAGAACAUUGGUCUGGCGGGAAUCGCGCGUGAUACCCUUGCAGAUGGCGACCAGGGCGGCUCCGAGCCGCACCCGCUGUCGCCGGGCUACUCCCAGACGCCCCGCCUCGAACCUGGCGGCUCGCGCGCAUCGUCCCUGGCCGACGGCCUACCCGAGCCACUAGGCGCUGGGCAGCCGUCACCCGUGGUCGCCAGCCGCCGCGCGCGUCCUGCCACCGUGCGGGCCGGCGUGACGGCGUCGGCCGGGCCGCCGCGGCAGCGGCAGCGGCACCAGGAGUUGCUGGGGCCGUCGAGGCCCGCCCCCACCAAGAUUUGGAAGCGCCGUUGGGUGAAGGUGCUGGUGGUGGGUGACAGCGGCCUGGGGAAGACCACUCUCAUCUCCAGCCUGCUGAACACGGCCCAGGAGCUCGUGCAGGUCCACGAUGGCACGGGCACGUCCCUGGCUCAGUUCAGGAGCGACCCCGACAGCCUCACUACAACCAUCAGCUGGAAGGAUGAGGAGUCACGCGAGGUGUGGAUGCUGCGCGUGCAGGACACGCCCGGCUACGGCGACUGGAUGAACAUCCAAUGCCACAUAGACAUGAUCAAGGACUAUGUUGAGACCCAGAACAAGAAGUGGCUGGACAUGGAGCUCGUGGACAUGGCCGAGGUGGACGACCCGCGGGUGGACGUGUGCCUCUACUGCCUGCCGCCGCACAGGCUGCGGCCGAACGACAUCCGGUACAUGGCCCAGCUGGGCAAGGUGGUGCCCAUCAUCCCCGUGGUGCUCAAGUCUGACACGAUGACAAUCAGCGAGGCGCAGAGGUUUAGGCAGGAGGUGGCCGCAAACAUCAAGAACCCCACCACGCGCGGCGUCAAGCAGGGCAUCCGCACCUUUGCCUUCUCCCCCCAGUCUGUGGAGCGCGCCGGCCUAGAGCCCGGCUCCCCCGUCUGCCCCUACCCCCUCGUCGUCAUCGCCAGCAACGACAUCAACCAGGCCAUGCUGCGGGGCGAGCAGCCGGUGUUCUGGCCGCAGCGCGCGUACAAGUGGGGCACGGCUGAGGCCUUCAACUCGUCGCACUCGGACCUCCUGGCGCUCAGGGCGCUGCUGCUGUCAGAGGGUCUGGAGGAGAUGGUGGCGUCCAAGAAGCAGCGCUACGAGGGCUGGCGCCGCGCGGCGCUCAGGGUCCCCUUCUUCCGCCGCCUGCGCCGCCGCGCCGCCCGCCUGGCGCUCCUGACGCUGCUGCCUGCUGCGGCCUUCGCCUUUGCCGCGGCGCACGAGUUCGACGCGCGCAAGAUACGCGACGCCGUCGACAGGGCGCGCAAGGACGUUUUUAAGGGGGCUGCGAGCGGCGCUGCAUCUGCCGCAGCUGCUGUGGAGCCGCUGCUGCUGGUGGCCGCAGGGAAGGGGCAGCAGGACGGGGCACUGGUGGAGUUGCCAGUGGCGGCGGCCCCAGCGGUGACGGCGCCAGCGGCCGCGGCACCUGUGAUGGCGGCCCCGGUGGCUCCGGGGAGCAUGCAGAAGCAACAGGGCCAGGGGCCACUGCAGGAGCAGCAGCAGCUGAGGCGCGAGGAGCAGCAGCAGCAUAAGAAGGGGUGGUGGUGA